UGGGGGGUGGGGGCUGCCGGAGGCAGAGGGGGCUGUGGCAGACGGGGUUUGUGGCUGUGGCUCUGGUGGGAGUGGGUUUGGGGGUUUAUAUGUACAGUGACCUGAGGGGGAACCUGAGGAGCGCUGAGGUUUUGGCUCAGAAAUACAAACAGCAACAGGAGACCGUGUCCGCUCAGCUACAAGUUGUGUACGAACAUCGAUCGAGGCUGGAACGCUCUUUACAAAAGGAGAGAGGGGACCACAAAAAAACCAAAGAAGAUUUUCUGGUGUAUAAGCUGGAAGCCCAGGAAGCUCUGAGUAAAGAAAAGCAGGAUGCUAUGAACCGCUACAGCGCACUGUCCUCACAACACAAGAUACUGAAGAGCCAACAGGAUGACGUGAGGAAACAGCUACAGGAUUUACAGCUGCAACACAACAGCCUGAAGCUGGAGCACAGGAAGGCUCUGGAUCAUCACACGCAGAGCCAGCAGCAGAAGCAAGCCGAGAUCAGCCACUUACAAGAUAGCGUGUCCCUCCUGAAGGAGGAGAGCAAGCAGCUGAGGAGAGCUCACCAGCAGGUCCACACACAGCUACAGCAAUCCGAGGUACAGCCCGGGGCCCAGGCGGAGGAGUUCAGGCAGCUGAAGGAUGCUCUGCACAAGAUGCCAAGCUUCAAGAGGAUCACACAGAACGCUGCAAUGCCGUGGGUAGAGAACCAGGCCCUGAGAGGGCAGCCCCCGGUUCCCGGCAACAACCAUUGGCAGGUCCCAGCGCAGAAGGAAUUGACUGCACGUCCGUUGGACAGGCUGGUUCCUGGAGGGCAGGCAUUCCCGGCUCCCCCUGACCGAGGAGACGGAAACCCGCAGGGAAUUGCCCCGGAGCAUCCGGCGUUCCGGGGUCAGGGUCCAGGCCUGGCGGGGUGGGCCGGGCACGGGCCCAGGGCGCGCUCUCAGGAGGAGAGCGUCAAUCGUGUGGUUCGAUUCACCAGGACGGUGAACAGCCUGCAGCCAGGAGCCACGGGAACAAAGCCUGAGCUGGUGGUGGAGGGUAAGACGCUCGAUGUGGCCAGUCCGCAAGGUCCCUUGCUGGCGGGAAGGGCCGGAGAGAGGCCGAAGCCCUUUAUCGUCAGUGACGCGAGGCCAGACAGUCGCGAGACUGAGAACCGAGGGAAACUGAAGAGCUGGAAUGAAGUGAUCAAUGAUGUGAGCCGGCGAGGCCAAGCUGGGCAGAACCUGAUGGACCUGGAGAGAACGAGAGGCCAAGAUGACAGGGACGCCCAGUGGGCCAAUAUAGAGCCCGCGGAGGAGAAGUCAGACGACGACGAGGAUUUAGAUAUAGAGGACGAGUUGGACGAACCAGACGAGAAACCUUUGCUGAGAAACUUCGGGUCCAGGAAAGGGUCAAUCGUGCAGGAACCCCUUAUCCCUGGGGCGGAGCAGGACCCGGCUCAGGACCCCAACAACCAGGGGGAGGACGAGUUUGAGGAGGCGGAACAGCAGCAGCAGCCGAGCUUCGCAGCCAAGGGCGCCCUGGACACCGGCAAGGAGCCCGACCUCUUCCUGAAGCAGGAACCAAAGGGUCAUGAAGGAGCAGGACAAAAUGGAGAUGAGGGAAUGGAAAACUAUCAGGAAGAUCAGGAGGCUGAGAUCGCAGGAAGACCACGCUGGGGAAAUCGAGGAUGACAACAAUCUCAUUGACUAGGAUCCGAGGCCGGUAUCUCAGACAAUUAAGUCAGUAAAGGCCGCGGACCGCUGAGCUCAAACCGGAGCGGGAUUUGUCGAGCCAGCGAGCGGGUGAACGAUUCGUUGACUCUCUCUCUCUCGUCAGCAGUUGGGAUUAUAGUGGAAGAAGCUCGUGACUAUUUGAGGAAAGGUGCUCGUGUUAUCGCUGCCGAUUCACUCUCCCGAACCGCGUUUAAUUCUGCCAGGCUUGCCCGCCCGCCCGCGACUUACAGGGUCGGCUCAAUCGCGGAACGGACAAAGACGUUGUUCUCCGAGCGAUUGGAGACGUUAGCAAGUCCUCCGCGCAUCUCAAUUCAGUGGGUUCGGCUGCGUUGCAUUAAUAGGCGCUUUGCUUAAGUUGUCCACCGUCUGAGUGACGAGGCUUUAAACUCUGACUCGUUGAGUUCUCUCCUCCUUUGUGCGAUACGUACCUGUCGCAUCCCAGCUGGCGGGUCACACUUACUGCGCUUGAACUUGUCCCGAGUGCACAGAUGUCCCAUGGCUUGGUGUCCUGUCUGCUUGGACCAACCACAAGUGCUCCCCUCUCGGACCCCCCUCUCCCCGUCGCUACCCCCUUCUUGCCUCUCGAGGUAGCUCAUGCAACUCAAACUCCUCAUCUUAAGAACGGAGGCGAGAGACACCUUUUAGUCACACCGAAACCUUUUAUUGCACUGGUUCCUUCUUUUAAGAUACCUAGGAAAACAGGAACACACAAGGCCAGUCUUCCCCCAGCCACUUACUGUUCGCUUAAACCCUUUCAGCACCAGGAAAUAAUCUGGUAAAGCAUCAUCGCUGGAUGUCCUUCGAGCCUAGUAUAUCCUUCCUAAGGUUGGAAUGCCACCAAAACCGAACGCUGUUCUCUACACGAGGUCUGACCAGCACUCGAUCGAUAAUAACAGGAGAGACACCAUCUUUUGUACUCCAGAACUUGUGUGAAAAAUGCCGUAAAUCCCAUUUGCCUUCUUGCCUGCUUUCUCUUAAGUCAUUAUUUCCAAGAACCUCAGGGCUCUCGUCCUCCAGUCUUUCUCUUACAAUCUGUAAGCUUCUAAAGCCCCCCCCCCUCCCAACCUUUGCUAAACCUGGCCCCCUAAUUGACUUACCUGGUACCGUUUACGGUGUAUCCCACGAAGCCCUUUGAGACGUCUCAACGACGGGAUAAGGUGCUGUAUCAAAUACAAGGAUUAUCAUCAUCAUUAUUAUUGUUCAAGGUUUAAAAAGUUCCUGUUGCAAGGCAGCAGUGUGUAGCACUGUGGUCGUGACCUUCUGUACGGCUCCUUUAGCUCGAGGCCUCAUCAGCUCCUUCUGGCGCGUGUCGUGUUUUUUUUUUUGUACGCAGCGAUCGGCAGCGACUUGUCAUAGGCAGAAAUCUUUUACGGUUCGUUUAUUGCCGCAGACUGUCCAAAUGUCGCCUGCAGUUUGAGAUUGAAGCAAACGGACAGAUGGACAGUUCCGUGCUGCUUAUGCUGAGCGUUUCUUUCGUACCUGAUGGGAAUUGUAAUAUUUAAACCUAUUUGCCCCCCCGCCCCCCAAUUGAAUGGUCGAGAUGAUAAUAAUCCU